AUGCCCACAAGAACGGUUGGUUUUGAGGAGUUCCGGGACGUGCUUCCGGGCUCCUGUCUGUGCUUGCACUACUGCCCAUGGUUGGAGGAAUGCUAUUGUGCAGAACCGCUUGCAAUACGUGCAGGGUCACAGCGAUCGCGGGAGGCACAACUGCAACCUUUGUUAGUCCAAAAGGGUAAGGUUGCGAAAACAGUUCGAAGCAUGCUCUCACAUGCAUCAGCACACCCGGUUGCCCACAGAGCGGAUUGUGCAAGUCAGCAAAGCAUGCUGGCUCGGUCAAGCAGAUGGGGCGAGCUUGAGACAUUGCAAGCUCGAGUGCGUGCUGCUAGUCAUCACCUGGGAGAAACGGAUCCGCUCAUCAAACGCACCAACAAAGUGGUGUCCAAGGCAUCAGCCCUGCGGCAGUACUGUAUGAAUACGUACGUGCAGCUGUCCAUGCAGCGCUUACCGAGUAACAUGGAUGAGAUGAUCGGCAAAUUGUACGACUUGCAACAGCUUCCACUAGGACUAGGAGUUUGGGAGGAUCCUUUCCUUUCUUGGGCUCGUGAUGCAGAGGCCGUGUGGCGAGUUGAACAGCCUGCGCUGAAGCUGCUCGUGAACAUGCUCAGCAACCCUUCGGAAUACUGUAACGCCUGGGUCAAGACAGUCUUGAAUGCCGAGCCAAAGUUACUGCGGGCAUUCAAUCGAGCGAUGACCAAUGAGCUGCUGAAACUCCCAGAUGCAGGAUCCUUGCUGGCAAAAUCCAUGGGUGAUUCGCUUCAAGAGCUCCACCUGCCGUCGGUGCAUAGAGAAAUCCGCUCUCUGGCGUCGGCACUUGGAGUUCUGGAAAGUCAAUGGCUCGAGCAUGCUUUGCUUCGUUUCAUUAAGGGCAGGACAAGCCUGGACACUGCUGCAGGUCUUGGUGACAACCGAGCUCUCUGUGCAUUGUUAUCAGCACUUCUGCUUGAAGUUGUCAUUAUUCAACCGAAGGCUUGUGCUCAGCUUGCAAAAGCAGCCACGGAUGUGGAGACGAUGACCACCUUGCCUCAAACACAACGUGCCGUCCAUGAGCUCUGCAAACGGCUGAUGCUUGAUGAGGAGGAAGCGAGCUUCCUAAGCAUUGAGCUCCUGAGCAACGGGGGUUUGCGCAUCGGAUUGCAGACAGCGUGGGGACAUCCCAGUGCCCAAAGUGCUGUCGAUGCAAUUGGUGCUGGAGCUGUUGUCGACAAAAAGAUGCCGCUUGGCGAGUUGCAGCGGUGGCGGCCCGGGGUGGAUGCCCUGAAACAGGUGGUCGCCUUUCCGGAGCGCUGCCAGAGAGCCUGCCACGCCUCCGAGCACAGCGCGGCAGUCCUUGCGCAUGCCAGGAGGAGACUGUUGGGAGCCAUCGGAGCUGUAGCUAAAGCUUCGAGCACGCUGGAUGAUUUGUUGCCGAGGCAUGAUGCACAACACGUCAAAGUGAUGGAGCUGGAGCAGCUGUAUACAGCCAAAAUUAAAGCCGAAGCUGGAUUGUCCAGCAAGGCGCUGCGGGGAUCAGAAGAAGACGAGGAAGUGCUUGAGAAGUUCCAACAACAGAUGAAGGAGGAUAAGAUCCAGCUCAGCGACGCUCGCAACGUGUUUCGAGAUUUGCAGCAGAACAUGGCAUCCACCCAAGUUCAUCUUGAAGAGGCCAUUGUGCACCUUGUCAAAUCCACCUCCCAGUGGAAAUCUGCCAGCCUGGAAGCAAGCGAGGCCGAUUCCACUGCUGCCUCGACGACUGCUGCAUUUAAGGAUGUGCUGUGCGCCCCUCUGUGUCCAGUCAAAAGGCCGUAG